AUUGCUUUCCGAUUCUUGGAAGAAUCCCGCAGGGGUUCGUUUACUUCCACCGGAGAGAGAGAGAGGUGUUAUAGGAGGGGGGAACCUCGAGACACGUGCCAACGAGAGUGGUUGGAGGUCAAAAAGUGAAUAAUAAUAACGGCGCGUAAAUGAGUUAUGUUAAUUAAAGCUAGAUCAAAGGUAGAAGCGGGCAGGGUUGCCAGCUCGGUCGCGUUGGACGUCCCCUCGCGGCGAGGGGUAGCUCAAUUUAAAUAAAUCUAAAGCGUAAAUAUUUUUGUUUAGCCGGUUGGAGGUCGCACUACUGCAGAGAUUGUGUCACGUGGAGCGGUUCGUGAUUUGAUUUGAUCGAUGCAAAUGUUCCGCCCCGGUGACCGCGUCUCCGUCGGACCGGAAACGGCCAACUAAUCGGAUUUGAAAUCGACGGCGGCGGCGAAUCGGAUUCGUGGGGGGAAAAUACAUGAAAAAUUCAGUGAAAACAAUUAAAAUGAGCUUUUAGUGUGGUUCGCGGUGGUGGUGGUGGCCAGGCUCAGGAAGGCCCGGAAAUUGGCCGUGGAGUUGGGGAUGGUGAAAUCGAAUUUCGAAUCGUUUAAUUGCUGCGAUUUGGUGGAUACUUGGUGAACGGAAGAGUAGCAACAGGAAGAGCAAAAGAGAAGGAGGAAGAGUUAAAAGGGGGGGAGUAGGAGGAGGAGUUUGGGGCGUAGUUUGAGUGUUCGCGGACCGGGUGCCAAUGCCGGUUGGAAAUGUUCCCUAUCACCACCGAAGGAAGUACUCUUCCCAGGUUCCACCGGAUUACCAGUCACGAAUAUUUUUCGGCGAUUAUAUGCGAGAGAACCGCCCGUCCCGAGUAGCAGGCGGAAGUGGUCACGUCGGAACCAGCACAGUAGCGGCCCCCGCCGCCGCGGGUACUCAGCUGUCAAACAGUGGCGCCUCCAGCGGCGAAGAGCAGCAGUACUCGAGCAGUGCCGCCUCCUCGGUUGCCCAGGACAACGCCGGAACGGUCAAUAAUUUCCCCGGUGGCCUCCAGCAGCAGCAGCAGCAGCACAAUGGCAAUGGACCGACUUCGCCGGUUUCAGGCUCGCAGAUAAGUCUGGGGCAGCAGCAACGGGUCGCCAACAACAACAACAACAUUGCUGUCAUUGGUGGAUUAGCCGGGAGUAACAGCUUAUCGACGGCGGCGGCGUCCGGGAAUAACUGCUGUGCCGGUUCUGGCGGGACCGCUGGAGUGGCAGGCUGCGAUACCAACGGUAAUGACGACGGCUGUGCCGAGCUCCAGUUUCACCACCAGAGCUCACCCGGUGAGUAAUUGCAGUUUGUCUUUGAUUGUGGCAACGCAGGGAUGCCAGUUUUAUCGGGAUUACUAACUGAGUGGAAGACUAUUUUGCUAGCUGGAUUUGCGUGUGGGUUGGGAUUGGAGUUCAAGUUUAGGGGAGGUUUGUUAACGAUUACAGGAGAGAUUUGCAAUAC